GCCACUCCAAGGCCACGCCCGUGUGCCGGCGGCGCCCCCCCUCUCCCCCGGCCGCGGGCCCCUCCCCCGGCCGCGGGCCCGCCCGUCGCGGGCUGCCCGGCCGCCAGAGGUUAUAUAGGAGAGGCAGCCGGCCCAGACUGACACUACCGUCCCCGAGUCAGUGUGCCGUGCAACGCCGGGAACAGAGCUGAGAGACAAGAUGCGUGUGCUUGUGGCCAUCGGAGUGCUGGCGCUCGGCGUUCCAGCUCUGGGUCAGGCGGGUUUCGAGUGCCCGGACCAGCUGCCGGGCUUCUUCCCCCACGAUGUCAGCUGUGACAAGUACUGGGCGUGCGAAGAGGGCGUCGCCACGCUGAAGACCUGCGGCAACGGACUGGCCUUCGACGACACCGACCCCAACUACGAGAAGGAGAACUGCGACUACCUGCACAACGUCCAGUGCGGGCAGCGUACCGAGCUCGAGCCUCCGAUCUCCUCGCCCAACUGCCCGCGCCAGUACGGUAUCUUCGCCGACGAGGCCAACUGCAACACGUUCUGGUCGUGCUGGGCUGGCGAGGCCAACAAGUACGAGUGCCCCCCGGGCCUGGCCUACGACUCGGAGCAGCGCGUCUGCGUCUGGGCCGAUCAGGUCGCCGCCUGCAAGAAGUCCGAGAAGGAGGGUGACUUCCAGUGCCCGGCUGAGGGCAACGGUCUGGGCACCUACUCGCUGUACGCCCACCAGGAGGACUGCAGGCUCUACUACGUGUGCAUGGGUGGCGCACCCCGCGAGUACGGAUGCCCGCUCGGCACCGUCUUCAAGAUCGGAGACCUGGACGGCAGCGGCCAGUGCGCCGACCCCGCUGACGUGCCCGGCUGUGAGGAAUACUACGGCGACCUCGACGUCAAGGAGCUGGCGAUGCGUGCGCUGGGCGGCGGCAGCGGCACCUCUGGACGUGUCUCCAAGCAGCUGGAGCCCGAGGUGGAGCGCUCGUCGGCGCUCGAGCUGAGCCGCAACAUCCAGUGAUGGCCCGAACAGGGCGCCCCUGUGACCGUGUGAGGAGUACUAUGGUGACGUGGACAUCAGGGCUCUGAGAGCACUCGGGUUCUAAGCAUGGACGGGAGCGAGCGAAGACGACGCGUGGAUAUGCUGCGUGUGUCUGUGUGUCUGCGCGUGCUGGCCGGGACGGCUGUGAGCGAACACUUUCCGUGAGGGUGCCGCCGCGCCUCCUGCGCCACCUGAGUGAUUGAAGAGGGGGAGAGUAUGCUGCCCUGCGCUACCCCGAGUGUUUGAUGAGAUGAGGAUGUGCCAGUGCCAGUGUGCCGAUGUGGUGAGAGCAGGGUCGGCAGUGGUGUCAUUUUAUCCGUCACCGAUCCGCGCUCUUGCGCGUUCGGUGAGAAAAUUGAAUGUCGUUAGGCUGCUCAGAGGAAAGGAUUGGUGUAAAAUGGACGAUCUGUGUUCAUAGUAUGUCAUCUGAAAACAGAAGUUGUAGACAGCUGGUGUACUUGUUCAAGAAUGUGUCAAUCUUUUCGUCAAAACAAGAAAAACAUGGAUUUAGAGUGUAAGCAAAGUAUGCAUACGUUUUGCGUCUUGUUUCCCAACAAGUGAGCAGGCUGUCCAAAUAUUUUGCUCUGCGAUGGUCUGGCUACCGCUUUCCGAACAGUGUCUGUGCAUCGUAAUAAGUUAUGACUGUAAAAAUGACCGACAUCGAUGCAAUAUUGAGUACAUGUCUUUUUUACAACGAAUGUAAGCACGUCCUGUGUAUGAGCUAUGGCUUGUUUCUUAUCGUUACUUUUACAAUGUAUAUCUGUCACGAUUACAGAUACACUGAUGAAAUUUGAUUUGUAACAACAGACUUCAAUACAUGAUAGGAGUCAA